AUGGCGUGCCUCCUCGAGCUCGGCCAUCCCCAGCCUCCCUCCCUGCUCCCAUCCCCGCUCGCUGCGCCGACCUCCCUCCUUCCCUGCACCGCCGUCGGCCCUGGCGCCCUCCCUCCUCCCUCUAGAGAACAGCCUCCUCUGGGCGGCCUGCGCGCGGAGCUUCCCGUUGACCGCUCCCACUCUCCUCACCCCCCUCUCACUAUCCCGCCGCCGCCGACGCCUUUCUUCCCCACUGGGCCGCGGCUCCGGGACUCGACCGCCGACUUCGGGUUCGGCAUCUACAACGACCACCACUACCACCUGGGCUACUUCCUGUACGCCAUGGCGGUGCUGGCCAGGCUGGACCCCUGUUGGGGACGCAAGCACAUGCCCCAGGCCGACGCCAUGGUGGCCGACUUCAUGACGCUGUCGCGGAACCGGGCCGGCGGCAGCUUCACCCGGCUCUGGAUGUUCGACCUAUGGAAGCUGCACUCAUGGGCGGGCGGGCUGACGGAGUUCGCGGACGGGCGCAACCAGGAGAGCACCAGCGAGGCCGUGAACGCCUACUACUCGGCGGCGCUGGUGGGGCUGAGCUACGGGGACGCGCACCUGGUGUCGCUCGGCGCGACGCUGGCGGCGCAGACGUGGUGGCACGUGCGCGCCGGCGAGGGGGUCUACGAGGAGGACUUCGCGGCGGCGAACCACGUGGUGGGGGUGCUGUGGGCGAACAAGCGCGACAGCGGGCUGUGGUUCGCGCCGCCCGAGUGGAAGGAGCCCCGAUCGCUUUACAGGCCCCGCUGCGGGCAGGACGAGGGUUUUGAGGUCGGGUCUAUCGGGGAGGAGGAGACCAAAGUCCUCUGGGCUUAG